AUGAGUCCAACCUUUGUACCAGAAGCAGGACUGGACACUUCGUCUGCCUAUGCGCGGGACUUUCAACGAGAAUCAUGGGGCCUCUACGGCGCCGGCAUCGCAGUCAUCGUCCUCAGAAGCAUAGCGAGAAUCCGGCGUAUGGGCAUCCGGGGGCUGCAGCUGGACGACUACAUGGUGGUGGUAGCCGCGGUCUUCUACACGCUGCUCUGCGUCGCGCUCAACGAAAUCAUCCUCAUGGGCGGCUCGAACCUGCUGACGCCCGAUGACAUUAAGAAGCUCACGCCCGAGACCCGGCAGAAGCGCAUCCAGGGCGCCAAAUGGGUGUUUGUGGCUGAACAUGCGAUGAUAGUGACGACGUGGACGCUGAAGGGCUGCAUGAUCGUGCUGUACCGGCGGAUCAUGGAAGGGCUGAGCCAGGAGCGCCUGGUGCUGUACCUGACCGUCUGGCUCGUCCUGGGCUUCUUCGGCACCGAGAUGGCUCUCUUUCUCCUGUGCCGCCCGCUGCACCUCUACUGGGCCAUCCCUCCGCCCAUCGACCAGCCGCAAUGCUCGUCGUACCAGGCGUAUGGUAUUAUACAGGGCAUCUUCGCGAUCUCGUCGGACCUGCUGAUGCUGGCCAUCGCGAUCCCGCUGUUCAUGACGCUGCGGCUGCCACGCAAGCAGAAGAUGAUCCUGCUGUUCGUCUUCGGCAUGGGCAUCUUCAUCGUCAUCGCGGCCAUCCUGACGAAGAUGUACUGCCUGGUGCCCUGGCUGAUCUCGUACGUCUACAUGAACUGGUACAUGCGCGAGGCCACCGUCAGCAUCCUGGUGACCUGCCUGCCCAUGACCUGGUCGCUGCUGCGCGACCUCUUCCCCAUGCUGGCGCGCUGGGUGGCCUCGACCGCGACCCCGAUCUCCUCCGGCGGCACCUCCGGCGGCACCUCUGGCGGCGGGCCCCUGUCCCAGAGCGCCUCCUCCGGCCCGUCCUGGUGGUCGCCCUUCCGCCAGCAGAGCAAGGGGGACGCGCCCGACGGCGGCAUCGACCUCGAGCGCUGGGAGUCCGGCCUCCCGCGUCUUCCCUCCGUCGACAAGCCGUAG